AUGGCUUCAGCUCGAAAUCUUUGUCAACAUUCAGAUAUCAAUGGAAAUCAAUGUACGUCAAAUGAUUAUAUACUUUGUCCACACUGUCAAUUACAACUAUGUCUUAAGCAUUUAAAUUAUCAUCAAGAAUUACUUCGUUCUGAACUAUACGAUCUAUGUCAUGACAUAGAUUGUGUUCGUUUGGAUUUAGAUAGUUUAAUAUUUGAUUCGAAUAAUCAUCGUGAACAUUUAUUCAAACAAUUAGAUGAAUGGUAUCAACUUCAAAUAAAUUUAACGGAUAAAAUCUAUUCCGAAAAAAAGCAACAAAUUCAAAUUCUAUGUUUGCAAUCACGUAUGGAAUUCGACAUAUAUAAAAUUAAACAAGAAAAACAGUUCAAAGAUAAUUUAAUGAAUCAAUUAAAUAAAGUUUUAAAACAAAAACAAAUUCAUAUGGAUAAUUUAAACGAAAUAAGAGCUAAAUUAGAUUAUAUUCAACGAGCUUUAGAUGAACUUAAACAACUAAAUAUUGAUAUUCACUGUAACAAUACAAAUUUCAAUAUCAACAUUGUUAAAAAACGUUACAUUGAAGCAGCUAAGCCAUUGUUUAUUGAUGAUGACAAUAAUCUGUGGGAAACAAAUAAUGAAGACGAACAAGAACAAGAACACGAAAAACUAAGAUCAUCAGAUGAUCAUCCAAUGACUGAAGAAAUAUUGAAUAGCAAAGAUAAAUUAUCUUCGCCUUCUGUUGAUCACUUUUCAUCGCUACCUGUUCCUUCAUCGUCUUCAUUAUCGACGCUAGCUAUGCGAAAACCACCAUUAAAACUUGUUAUCAAACGAUUAAAACAUCCAACAGUAUCCGAUUCAGUUAAAUACAAACUAACUUCAGUAAAUGCAUCACUAUCGGUAACUACGUGA